CUACCUGCUCCACCGACGAAGUUGAUGCCCUCUUCCACGGUAUUCGAUGCAAAAGGCCGUCCUCAAUUGGAUGUUAUUCGCCCGCAUCUAAUUGCUGAGGGUCGCCUUACUGAAGAGGCAAUCCUUCGUAUAAUUAGCGAAACAUCCGCUAUUUUACGAUCAGAAAAAACCAUGUUGGAUCUAGAUGCUCCAAUCACGGUUUGCGGCGAUAUACAUGGCCAGUUUUUCGAUCUUAUGAAAUUGUUCGAAGUAGGUGGUCCUCCGGAAUCCACACGAUAUCUGUUCCUCGGUGAUUACGUUGAUCGUGGUUAUUUUAGUUUGGAAGUGAGUUUCACCACAGGCGUCUAA